AUGGGCGCGUUUGGAUCGGGGGAUGGGUGGAUCUCAUCCACCCCGACCCGAUCCGGCGAGGAGGCGGCGCCGGCGAGCUUGGACGCCGGCGACGGAGGAGAUCCGGCGGCGGGGAAGGCCGGGCGGCGCGGGGACGGCGCGGCUACGGUGAUGGCGGGCGGCGCGAGCGGAGGCGGCGACGCGGCGGGCUGGCGCGAGCGGCGGCGCAAGGAGGCGGGGUCGGGCGCGGCGCGCGAGGGGGCGGCGGAGCGGGGAACCGGCGAGGCACGGGCGGCGGAGCCAGGCGGGAAGGCGCGGCCCAGCUACGGCCCGAGGCGGGCCGGCCUCGGGCCCCGGUGGGCCUGGCGGCGGGGAGGAGAGAGAGAAGGCGCGGGGCUGACGUGGCGCGCUCCGGUUGGUCGGGAGCGGCCGCUGGGGUGA